GUAAACCGGAUCGCACCACACGGGCAGCGAAUGUCAUAGCGCGUGAUUCGAAAAAAGUAAACAAUUAUCUCCAAAUUACAACAAUAAACACAAACUGGCAUUUAACGCAGAGUUAAAAAAUAUUCGUGUGCCUUAAGAUAAGGUUGACUAAGAAGAAAAAAUUUUUUUUCUCUACUAAAUAUUUUAACCGUUACCUGCCUUCAAAUCGCACAACGGCCAUAAAAUGACCAUUGGAACGGUCAUCUUGGUGUGCGUGGCCGUUGCUCUUCUGGUCCUGUUGGCUCGAAGACGUUUGCAGUUUGUUUCGGCUUUCCGUAACAUACCCGGACCACCAUCCUUGCCCUUCUUCGGUAACGCACUGCAGCUGAACGGAUCGCCUUCCGACUUUUUCAGGUUAUUGAGGGAAUGGCAUUUGAAGUAUGGUCCAACUUACCAAUUAUGGAUUGGCCUGCGACCGUUUCUUUCCAUUUCAGACGCAGAUCAUAUUCUGCAAAUCCUCAGUUCAUCGUUACAUAUACACAAAAACCUGGAAUAUGACCUGUUACAUCCGUUUAUCGGCACCGGACUGGUCACUAGUGCAGGAUCGAAAUGGCACGUAAGAAGAAAGCUGUUGACACCUACGUUUCACUUCAACAUCCUUGAAGAGUUCUUACCACCUAUUGUGCGACAGAGUAAAAUAUUAGUUCUUAAACUACAAAAAGAGCUAUCCAGAGAUUCCGGUUUUGACAUGACACCUUAUGCAAAAAUGGUCGCCUUGGAUAUAAUAGGUAAUACUGCGAUGGGUUGCGAGAUCAAUUCUCAAAUAAAUUCUGAUUGCGAAUACGUCAAAGCUAUUGACGAACUGACUGCCAUUAUGCAAAAACGAUUCAUAACUCCUUGGUUAAAGCCUAAUAUAAUUUUCAACAUGACACGACUCGGCAAAAGACAGAAACAUUGUAUAAACAUAAUACAUUCGUUUACUAAGAAGGUGAUAAGUGAUAGAAAAAAUAAUUUGAAAUCAAACGCGACUGUUUCUGAUGCAAAUAAAAACGAGAUUUACGGUAAAAGAUCGAAGGCUCUUUUAGAUCUGAUGAUUGAUGUGUCAGAUAACGGUAAUAUUUUAAGCGACGAAGACAUCCAAGAAGAAGUUGAUACUUUUAUGUUUGCGGGUGUUGAUACUUCUUCGACAACAUUAUCGUGGGCCAUGUAUGUACUGGGAAAACACCCGGAAGCCCAAGAUCAAAUAUUAGCUGAACUUGACGAAAAGCUACCGAAUUUCGUUGACGAAAUACCAACUGUCAGAGAAUUGUCUGGUCUCGAAUACUUAGAUAGGACUAUUAGGGAGGUCAUGCGACUAUACCCAACUGUACCACUGAUUGGUCGACAGAUUUAUGAACCUUUAACAAUAGGUGAACACGUCAUAAUGCCCGGCACGUCUGUUAUGAUUAAUACAUACGCUUUACACAGGAGUAAAAUAUAUUUCGACAAUCCAGAUGAAUUCGACCCAGACAGAUUUUUAGCGGAUAAUAAACACGACAGGCAUCCGUUUGCUUUUCUACCAUUUAGUGCUGGUCCGAGAAAUUGUAUAGGACAACGGUUUGCUAUAAUUGUAUUGAAAAUAGCUGUCGCUACCAUAUUGAAGUCUUACAAAAUAAGAUCUCUUGACUGCGAAGAGGAUUUAGGAUUGGUUGGUGAGAUCGUAUUACGUGCAGAACACGGUAUCAAUAUUACUAUCGAAGAACGAACAUAAUUUAUUUUAUCUGAACAGACGUUUCGUAUAUAAAUAAAAAUGUGUUAAUAUUUUUUUUUUUUGUGAUCUUAGUCUUUUAUUCUUCUGAUGAUGUUUAUUAAUUUUUAAUUUUUUUAUACAUAACUCGAUACUUUACUUAACUAUUAUUGUGUUUUAUAAUUUAUAUUACUUGUCUCACUUUUAUUUUUAUUUUUUGCUAUUACUAUACUAAUAUAUUAUUGUUUACACAUUAACAUUUUACUACAAUCCAACGACUAAUACACAUAAAUAUUUAUAAGAUCAUAGUAUUUAUUUUUAUAAUAAUAUAUUUAUU